UCCCUUUGCCACUUCUUCAUCUUCCCCAAGCUUUCUUUGUAUCACUUUCUUUUGCCAAAAGAUCAAGAAAAUUUCGACUUGUUCCGAGUGAUGAUGGGUGUGACCUACCGGUGUUCUCAUACUUCCCAUAUCACAGAAAUCAUCAUCACCAGCUUCUUUCGCCAUAAGUGAAGAAUUUCUUCUUUAUCUUUUUGGUCCUUAAAUUUUGAGAUCUUCUUCCGGUUAAUAUGAUAUAUUGAAAAAAAGAAGAUCGAUCCUUUAGAUUGAUAAUUUUCAUGCCUGGUUCUAGUAAUCCCUCUGUUUUGCUUCAAAGUCAAAGGGUUUCUUCCUCUUCUGAGUCUCUUCAUACCCUCUUCAUUCCAGGCUCUUCUCCUUCAUCUUUUCUCGGUAAAGAUCGAUGUUAAGCUUCGACGGUGUUGAUCGAAACAGAUCAUUUUUUACGACGUUUGAUGAAGAAGACAACGGAGAUGGCGAUAUAAACGAGUAUUUACAUCGACCAGAGAAGAAGACGCGACUUACCGUCGAGCAAGUCCAGUCUCUCGAGAAAAGCUUCGAGGCCGAUAACAAGCUUGAACCGGAAAGGAAAAUUCAGCUGGCCAAAGACCUCGGCCUGCAAUCAAAGCAAGUUGUUAUAUGGUUCCAGAACCGCCGUGCUCGAUGGAAGACGAAGCAGAUAGAGAAAGACUACGACUGUUUGCAAGCCAGUUAUAAUAACCUCAAGGCCGACUAUGAUGAUCUCCUCGAAGAGAAAGAUAAAUUAAAACAAGAGGUUCUUGAGCUCACAGAUAAGUUAUCAAUGAAGGGGAAAGAGCUACUAUCAAAGGCUUCCGAGGGUGAAGAGUCUAAGGUCUCGGUGGUGUCUGCUCAUUUUGAACCAGACCAGUCAGAUUUAUCGCAAGAAGAAGAUAACUUGGGUACGGCCAUGUUACAUCUUCCAUCAAACGUCCUCCCUAAACUCGAAGACGACUAUGAUUACUCCUAUCCGCCUGCAAAUUCCUGCAAUUUCGGAUUCCCUGUUGAUGAUCAUGCCUUAUGGUCUUGGACUUACUAAGUUAUAUCUAUCUUGUUUAAGUCACCGUGUAGUAGCAACUAUAUAAUGAACAAUAAUAAC